GCCUGCGCGGCGCGGCGCUGCGGAGACCGUUGGCUCAUUUGCAUGUCCCCGCCUCGCGCGGUGGCGGCGGCGGGUCAGAGAAACAUGGCAACAAGGAGAAUUGCACAGGAGACUUUUGAUGCUGUAUUGCAGGAAAAGGCUAAACGAUAUCAUAUGGACCCCAGUGGUGAUGCUGUAGGUGAAGCUCUUCAGUUUAAAGCUCAAGAUCUUCUAAGGACGGUCCCAAGAGCCAGAGCAGAUAUGUUUGAUGACAUUCACAGUGACAGCAGGUAUACUCUGGGUGGGUCUAUAGCUCAUCCUCGAGAUACUGGGAGAGAAGGCCUAAGAAGUGAUGUAUUUCCAGGACCUUCCUUCAGAUCAAGCAACCCUUCUGUAAGUGAAGACAGCUACUUUCGCAAAGAAUGUGGACGGGAUCUGGAAUUUUCUCACACUGACUCCCGAGACCAGGUCUUUGGCCACCGAAAAUUGGGACAUUUCCGUUCUCAGGACUGGAAAUUUGCACUCCGUGGCUCUUGGGAACAAGACUUUGGCCACUCAGUUUCUCAAGAAUCCUCUUGGUCACAGGAGUAUAGUUUUGGUCCCUCUGCAUUACUGGGGGACUUUGGCUCCUCCAGGCUGAUUGAGAAAGAGUGUUUGGAGAAAGAGAGUCGGGAUUAUGAUGUGGACCGUCCAGGGGAGGCUGACUCUGUGCUCAGGGGCAGCAGCCAAGUUCAAGGCAGAGGCCGAGGUCUAAACAUUGUUGAUCAGGAAGGUGCCCUCCUAGGAAAGGGGGAGACGCAAGGCCUGCUCACGCCUAAAGCGGGGGUUGGGAAACUCGUCGCACUGAGAAGUGUGAGCACAAAAAAGGUACCCACUAUAAGUCGUAUCACUCCCAAAACUCAGGGCACUAACCAAAUCCAGAAAACUACCCCAAGUUCUGAUGUGACCCUGGGGACAAACCCAGGGACGGAAGAUGUCCAAUUCCCCACUCAGAAAAUCCCUUUGGGGCUUAAUCUGAAGGAUAUUCGGCUCCCCAGAAGAAAGAUGAGCUUUGAUCUCAUAGAUAAAUCUGAUGUUUUUUCAAGAUUUGGGAUAGAAAUAAUCAAAUGGGCAGGAUUCCACACCAUAAAAGAUGAUGUUAAAUUUUCCCAGCUUUUCCAGACUCUCUUUGAACUUGAAACCGAAACCUGUGCUAAAAUGCUCGCCUCAUUCAAAUGCUCUUUAAAACCAGAGCACAGAGAUUUUUGCUUUUUUACUAUCAAAUUUUUAAAGCACUCUGCUUUGAAAACACCCAGAGUUGAUAACGAGUUUUUAAACAUGCUUUUAGACAAAGGUGCUGUGAAGACCAAAAAUUGCUUUUUCGAAAUCAUAAAGCCCUUUGAUAAAUACAUAAUGAGACUUCAAGACCGGCUUCUGAAGAGUGUCACACCCCUGCUCAUGGCCUGCAAUGCCUAUGAGCUGAGUGUCAAGAUGAAGACCCUCAGUAACCCCUUGGACUUGGCCGUUGCCCUGGAGACCACUAAUUCUCUCUGCCGGAAGUCUUUAGCUCUUUUGGGACAGACAUUCUCUUUGGCCUCUUCUUUCCGACAAGAGAAAAUCUUAGAAGCUGUUGGCCUCCAAGAUAUAGCUCCCUCUCCUGCUGCAUUUCCAAACUUUGAGGACUCUACCCUGUUUGGGAGAGAGUACAUCGAUCACCUAAAGGCUUGGCUGGUCAGCAGUGGGUGUCCACUCCAGGUCAAGAAAGCCGAACCUGAGCCAGCUCGAGAUGAGGAGAAAACAGUUCCUCCUGCUAAACCUGAAAUUCAGGCCAAGGCUCCAAGUGGUCUGAGUGAUGAGGUGCCCCAGCGAGCAGAUCACAAAGUGGUGGACAUCAUUGACCAGCUGGUCUCACGUGUAGUCGGAGGCAGCCUGUCUCCCAAAGAGAGAGCUCUUCUCAAGGAGGACCCUGCUUACUGGUUUUUGUCUGAUGAUAGUAGUCUGGAGUACAAAUAUUACAAGCUGAAGCUGGCUGAAAUGCAGCGGAUGAGCCAGACCAUGCCAGGAGCAGAUCAGAAGCCAAUGGCAGCAGAGUGUGCAGUCCGGGCCAUGCUAUAUGCCCGGGCAGUCCGGAGCCUCAAGAAGAGGCUCCUCCCGGGACGGCGACGGGGGCUGCUUCGAGCUCAAGGGCUCCGGGGCUGGAAGGUGAGGAAAGCAACCACUGGGACCCAGACCCUCCUCUCCUCAGGCACCAGGCUGAAACACCAUGGCCGGCAGGCUCCAGGCUCCUUGCAGGGAAAACUGCCCCAGCCAGAUGGAAAUGAUGCUGCCAAGGACUGCCUGCCAGACCCAGCCGGACCCUCUCCUCAGGACCCCAGCCCAGAAGCCUCAGGCCCAUCCCCCAAGCCAGCAGGUGUAGAUGUCCCUGAAGCCCCUCAGAGCUCCUCUCCCUGCCUGUCUUCCAAUGUUGACACGAAGACCAUGGAGACUGCAGAGAAACUGGCCAAAUUUGUUGCUCAGGUGGGACCAGAGAUUGAACAAUUCAGCAUAGAAAAUAGCACUGACAACCCUGACCUGUGGUUUCUACAUGACCAAAAUAGUUCAGCUUUCAAAUUCUAUCGAAAGAAAGUAUUUGAACUGUGCCCAUCUAUUUGCUUUACAUCAUCUCCACUGAACCUACGUGCCAGCGAGAGUGCCGAUUCUCAGGAGAGCCCUCUGGAGCCCAUGGAAGGGGAAGGAGAGUUUGAGGAUGAGCCCCCUCAGCAUGAAGCGGAGCUAGAGAGCCCAGAAGUGAUACCUGAGGAAGACGAGGAGGACGAGGAAGAGGAGGAAGAUGAGGAGGGAGAUGAGGAGGCCCCCACUCCAGGAGGGGCCUCCAGACUGGCAGGAGAGUCCAUCAAGUCUGAGGGCUCUGAGGGCAACUCCCCCGCUGAUGGUCUCCUGAGUGAGGUGGCCGAGGACGGCUCAGUUGGUACACCUGCCCUGUCACAGGCCUCCUCAGGGGCCUGCUUCCCCCGGAAGAGGGUCAGCAGCAAGUCAUUGAAGGUUGGCAUGAUUCCUGCUCCCAAGAGGCUAUGUCUCAUCGAGGAGCCCAAAGUUCACGAACCAGUUCGAAUUGCAUAUGACAGGCCUCGGGGUCGUCCCGUGUCCAAGAAGAAGAAACCCAAGGACUUGGAUUUCGCCCAGCAGAAGCUGACUGACAAGAACCUCGGGUUCCAGAUGCUGCAGAAGAUGGGCUGGAAGGAGGGCCACGGCCUGGGCUCCUGUGGGAAGGGCAUCAGGGAGCCCGUCAGCGUGGGAACUGCCUCGGAAGGGGAGGGGUUGGGUGCCGACGGGCAGGAGCACAAAGAAGACACAUUUGACGUGUUCCGUCAGAGGAUGAUGCAAAUGUACAGACACAAACGGGCCAACAAAUAGAUGAGAACCAUUGGUGAGAAAGAUAAGGCUUGAAGCAGCAAUUACUCUUAAAACGCCACCUCUGUCCCGGAUCUGCCCUGGAACCAGUGCCCAAGUAGGUUUGGUGUGUACAUGAAAACAAACAUCUCUGCAGUUUCUGGUGCAGAGGUUCCACCUGCUGGCUUUUCUGUUUCUUAAAAAAAAAGAACGCACCAUUUCCAGUCUGCUUUUGCCUUUCCCCCUCUUCCAAAUGCUUUUGGCAGCAAGUCUUCUCCAGGUCUCCGCUGGUUCCCUCAGAAGAUGGGGGUGCUCUUUAAGUGCUCAGGAACCAAGUCCUGUCAAUUUUCCUGUCCCAGGAUAUGUUGCUCUUGAAAAGUGAUCAGUCAGCAAACUCAAUGCUGAAACAAUCACAGAUCAUAUCUUCUCAAAUUUAGAUAAGGAAUAUAAAUCAGUAAUAAGUCUGCUCUGGUACCACAACCUGUCGGAGUGCUGAAGCUCUUUGAACAAGUGGAGAUACUUGAUUCAAUGAAUGUGUUAGUUACGGAAUUUCAUCUCUUAAAUGCAUCCCAAAAGACUUAAUGAAAUUUCAGCAGUGUAUUCAGUGGGGAGUAAUCAUUACACUGAUGAAACUUUCCCCAAAUUUACUUGUCUCUCUUUAGAAUCCACAAAGCAAACUACAGAUUUUUGUUUUUUGUUUUUUGUUUUUUUAAACCACAUAUGGAUCUCUCCUACAAAGGGGUGGGAGGUGUAAACUCUUCAAGACUUUUGUUUUCUGCAUGUGUGGCAGUGUAAAGAAUUGUUUUAUUAGGGCCUUUGUACAGAGCAGAAAGGAUCCUCUUGGGGUGGGCUCUGCAGCUGUUUGCUAUUUCAAGGCAUGUGAUUGCCACCCCUUCCAGCUUCUCGUCCUCUGCUUCUUGCAACUACAUGUGAAAUUUGCAGGCUGUGGGGACCUCUCAGCCCUUCCUCAUAAAGCAGUAGUGUUGAAGUUUUAAAUAUAUGCUAAAAUCUGGAAAACUUGGAAUCUUGCUGAUACUACAAGCUUGGGGGACACAGCAGUGAGUUACCCUGACAGCCACUUUUAUUGGCUGUUAGGAAAUCCUUGCUUUCUCAAAGUCGCAGAUCUCCUGGGCUGUAAUCCCAGGCUCUUCUGGAUCCAUCUUGCCUGUCUGGUCCACAUUUACCAGCAUAGACAGCAUCAUAGGCCUGAGCCAGCAUCUCACAUACCCACCUGUUGCCACCUUUCUUCCUGUCAGGUGUAGUCCCCAGGUCUCUGCUUGCUUCUGGUCACUUUUGUUGCUUUGGCAACUGACAGAUCCUGAUAGCCCUGGACAUGCUAGAGGUGCCUCAGCAGAAUUGAAACAGUCUGCUGGGGAGGUGUGGCUUGGGGAAACAUCAGCUAUAGGAGUUUACCUUCUUUUCUGAUCCUUCCAGCAGGCUUCCAUGUUUGCUGUAGGUCAGGCAAAGUGAUAGAACUCUGAAAACAGGGCCUCUCAUAGAGCCCAGGCCUUUCAUAGAGCACCUCUUGGCCCUGAGCAAGGCUUGCAUCCCCUAGCGUGGGUUCUGGCUCUUUCUUUCAUAGCUCUGAUCAUCAUAUUCACUUUGUCUUAGUAUGCUCAUUCUUGGCUUUCUCUGCUUUAAUUUAUAAGUAAAAUACUUGAGGAAUUCCCAGUUCCCACACCCUCCGGCCACCCCUCCUCCUGGGGUGUCCUGUUUGAGCUGACACUAUGAGCCUUUGGCAAACAUCAAAGGGAACACCUACUCACUGAGCCUGGAAAGUCCUGUAAGCACUCAGGUGAUGCUUCUACAGAGAUGGCAUUGAGACAGUGAAAGCGUGGGAGCUGGGGUGGAGUGUGAUGGUGCAUCUUUGUGCCAGCUGUUGGCCAGGGACCAGCACGCUGGCCAUCUGUGCCCACCCUUGCUCUCUCCGGCAAAGGCCACUCUGCAGGGAGUGUGCGUGUGAGUGAGCGCGAUGUGCAGUUGCAUAGCCUUGUCAAAGUCACAGUAUCUUUUCUGUCUAGUUCCAGGGUCUCUUCCAUGAGGACAACAGGCAUCCGGAAAGUGCUAACUCGCCACUUUGGGUGCUUACUGUCUCUGCCUUGUUUCCAUCACUGGAAAUCAUAUAAAGAAUUUUAGCAUUUUUGGUCCUUGGUAAAACCUAGAAGACAUUUGUGAUGUUAUAAAAUGGAAGUUUUGGGGGUUUUUUCUUUUUUUUUUUUUUAAUCUAAGAAGUUGUGAAUGUUGUUAAUCACUUAGCAGUUGAAAUAAAUGUAGAGGAAACCCAA